UUAAUGACAAACCCUAGUUGAUUCACCUCCACAAACCCUACCUUCUUUUCUAUUUAAACAUCACUCGUUCCUCUUCAUUUCUCGUGCUCUCUACUUUUCUCUUUACUAAAUCAAUUUUUAGGUUUUUCUCAGUUUUCUUUCUCUCACAAAAAUGGCGGAAGUUGAGUACAGAUGCUUCGUAGGCGGUCUCGCUUGGGCCACCGAUGACCACUCCUUGUCACAAGCUUUCUCAGAGUUCGGAGAAGUCAUUGAUUCGAAGGUAAUUAACGACAGAGAAACAGGCAGAUCUAGAGGAUUUGGAUUUGUCACAUUUCAAUCCAAAGAAGGUCUGGAUGCUGCCAUUGAAGGCAUGAACGGUAAAACACUUGACGGACGUCAAGUCACCGUUAAUGAAGCCCAAUCUCGCAGUGGAGGAGGCGGUGGAUUCCGUAAUGGAGGUAGUGGAGGUUACGGCGGUGGACGUCGCGAAGGUGGAGGUGGCUACGGUGGAGGUAACCGUGGAUAUGGUGGUGGAGGUGGUGACCGUUACUCUCGUGGCAACUCCGAUAGAGAAUGGAGAAAUUAGGAAUACUUAUUAACUAGUACUAUCGUCCUCAGAGUGUAAGGGGUAUCCCUUGGAUUUAAGGGUAUCCACUAUCAACAAAAACAUGGUGCUUUUUUGCUUUUUGGUAAAAAAGCUGAAUCUAUCUUGUUGUCACUGCUUCUGUUACUAUUUGGUUGUUACUGUUACUGUUUGGAUCGUGCUGGAUAGUGGUUAAUUAAAGGUGUUCUGAAAGUUUUCAGGAUGAUUUGUUCACCCUAACAGUUGAUGAAAAAUUCUGAAGCUCUUUUCUCUA